CAAAAACCCUACCCCUUCCCCCGUCCCCCGGUGCGAUCCCCAUGGCUUCCCACGGCAAUGGCCAGCCCGGCGCCGGCCAGGGCCUCAUCGUGAGCUUCGGCGAGAUGCUGAUCGACUUCGUCCCGACCGUCUCCGGGGUCUCCCUGGCGGAGGCGCCGGGGUUCCUCAAGGCCCCCGGUGGAGCCCCCGCCAACGUGGCGAUCGCCGUCACCCGGCUCGGCGGCAGGUCCGCCUUCGUCGGCAAGCUCGGGGACGACGAGUUCGGCCACAUGCUGGCCGGGAUCCUGAAGCAGAACGGGGUCAACGGCGACGGCAUCAACUUCGACCAGGGGGCACGGACCGCGCUGGCCUUCGUCACGCUCCGCGCCGACGGGGAGCGCGAGUUCAUGUUCUACCGGAACCCGAGCGCCGAUAUGCUGCUGAAGCCCGAGGAGCUCAACCUCGAGCUGAUCAGAUCUGGGAAAGUCUUUCAUUAUGGAUCCAUCAGUUUGAUUGUGGAGCCAUGCAGAUCAGCCCAUCUUAAAGCAAUGCAAGUUGCCAGAGACGCUGGGGCUCUGCUCUCCUAUGAUCCGAACCUCAGACUACCAUUGUGGCCAUCGCCUGAGUAUGCUCGUGAGCAGAUCAUGAGCAUUUGGGACAAGGCAGAUCUCAUUAAAGUGAGUGAUGUUGAGUUGGAGUUCCUCACAGGGAGUGACAAGAUUGAUGAUGAAUCUGCAAUGUCACUGUGGCACCCCAACUUGAAGCUUCUCCUUGUCACUUUGGGUGAGAAUGGUUGUAGAUACUACACCAAGAAUUUCCAUGGAGCUGUAGACGCCUUCCACGUCAACACGGUGGACACGACUGGUGCUGGUGAUUCCUUCGUCGGGGCACUCCUCUGCAACAUUGUGGACGACCACUCCAUUCUCGAAGACGAAGGAAGACUGAGGAAAGUCCUGAAGUUUGCCAACGCGUGCGGAGCCAUCACCACCACCAAGAAGGGAGCGAUCCCUGCCCUCCCGGCCGAGGCCGAUGCCCUUAGCUUGAUUGGAGGCGCGAACUAAAGCAUCCAGACAACUCCAAUUCUUCCAUUCUCGAUUUUCUUCUCGCUAGUUUCUCUAGUUGCUUGCUUGCUUUCUUUCUUGCAUUUCCAAUUGAAGAGUCUUUUUUAACUUUUCCGCUCCUGUUUUCCCCUUUCCUCCUCCCGCAUAUGGUCGCAAAGACUCCUUGCUUUCUUAAGAUAUAUAAAUAAUCCUAAUAAAUUUUUGGGUUUGAGCAGCA